UGCGAUAAGAAGGGCAACAGUUGACGCCUCCAGUCAAGUAAGUUUUGGAGUUUUUAUUCACUAUCAUAAUUUAUUAAUAUUGACCUCACCUAGUCCUCAAAGCACAAUAAGGUUGAGAGAAAAAGAGCAAAUUCAAGACAUUAGACCCGAGAGAACUCAAAGAAUUUACAUAAAAGUCAGCAACUCUAUUAGCAAAAUAACUAAUUUGCCUACAAAAAAUCUGUUUUGUAUAUGACUUAAGUUUAAAUUUAUAUAAAAUAUACGUAUUAAAACUGAAAGUUUUAAAGACUUUGAAUGCUGAGUUCGAUUUUAAUAACUUUGAGUCCAUUUGCAAAGUAAGACUCUUUAUUAGGAACUUGUUCACGUGUUUUUUCAACUAUGACGAUGAAGACAAAAAAUAUCAGCAUUGUUUUGCUCUUGCAUUAUUAUAAAAUUAAGUUCAAUAACUCCGGAUAAAAAAUUAAAAAAAAACAUAUUUUGUUCUCAUCACUUCUAGAAUAUAUUAUAGUUUUUAUAAGUCAUUAAUUUCAAUAUUAUUGUUAUUAAUAUAAUAAUAAAUUAACUGUAUUUGAUAAAAGAUUGUGUCAACUUCUUCUGAAAAAAAAAAAUAAUCUAAAUAUAGUUUUGAUUACGUGACUGAUACAGAAAACAAUAAGGAAUCUUCAUAAUAUUACCAACUUAUAACUUAAUUUAUUAACUAUUUGCUGCGAUAAGAAAUGUAAACAAAAUAAAAAAAAAAACGAGAGAUUACAGAUUAAUUGACGAGGUCAUUGGUUAAAUCGUAGAUAUAAGUAGUUUGAACACGAACGUUGUCUAUUUAAUAACAACGUUACAUAGUGGUUCUAAGAAUUCUAGAAAAGUAUAUGUAUAGCUGUUUAAGUCUUGCUUCAGAGGCUAUUGAUAAUGCCAAGGAAAAAUUAUAAAACAACUAAAUUUGUGACUUAAAUUGAAGAAAUCAUUUAGGGAUAUUAUCAUUUAUAUAUAUGACUUUGUGUACUUUCAAGUUAACAACUAUAAAGACCUGGGUUUGAUAGAAUCAGCUGAAAUUGUAGUUAGAUAAGAUGGAAUUCAGAUGGAAGGAAAAGUUUGUUACAUCGGAUAGCUCUGAUAGUGUGAAACUAAGUUGCUAAAGUCAGUUCGCAGGCAAACUAUAUUCCAUAUAAUGCAUCUGGGAUAAAAUAAUACUAGUAAUACUAGUUUAGAAGACACAUUUAAUUUGAAGCGAAGAAACACAAUGCACUAUCCGGAAGAAAAUAUAAAAAAGAACAUUUUAUCUACAAAUUGUGCUAAAAUUAUUUGGUAAACAUCAACGGGAUGUUUUUUCCACACAAAAAUUUCCUAUUAGGAUAUGUAUUUUAAACAGGAAGUUUUGCACUGACAUUGUCUUGGAGUAAAACACAGUAGUUCUCGGAAUCAACAAGCUUCAGUCGCAAGUGAUUUUUUACCAUGAAAACCAACUUUUUUGGCUAGUAAAUAUCGAAGUAGUAAUAUUUUUUCACUCUUCAUAAACUCAAAUUUUAGUAUUAUUUCUUUUCAUUUUAAGUAGAUUUCACAAUGAAUGUUAACAUUUCCUUCAUAUGUACUAUUAGUGUAAUUUUAAUAUCCUUGAAAGUAUACCACACAACAGUUAUUCGACAAAUAAAUCCUUGUGAAAAUGUAGGUAAUACUGAAGCAGUAGAACAUUUUUUUAAUAUGGUUUUUACUGAAUUUCAUAACUUUCCACCCGCUUGUAUAUGCAUUCAAAUGUGUAUUGAACAGCCUACAUACUGCUAUCCAAAUGGCUGUUUAAAAAGAACUGAAAAUGAAAAAAAAUGUUCAGGUCUCCAACCUGUCGUAGAUAGCAUAAAUGCAAAAAACCGUGAAACACCAAAAUCUUUAUUGUUUUUGGUUGAGAGUCAUAAAAAUUUUUUGGACAACAUAAAUCAUGACACUGAAGAAAGGACGAUCAAAACCCAGCCAAUGGAAAUGUCAUAUAAAACAAAUCCGUUUAAAGAAUUAGUUUUGAAAUAUAAGAAAGUACCGAAACUACAAAUGAAAUAUAAUUUGAGGGAGCAGGUGAAGAAUAUGAAAUAUGACAAAUUAAAAAGAGACCAAAUAGACGUUUCAAAAACAAGAUGGCCGGUAAACAAACAUCUGUUACACGGAAAGAAACCUAUUUAUGGAAUAAGACAUUACAAAAAAAACAAUGAGAAGAGAAAGUCCAAGUUUUUAGCAUCUAUGUUCCCGGAAUUGGCCAGUGAAAAUAACUAUGCUCCAAAAUUUUAUGAUAAAUAUUUAACUAAACGUGAAAAUAAUGAUGGUGUUAAAGUUGAAAGUCUGUAUUUAUAUAAGAGGGAGAAUGCAAAUUCACUUGAGACAUUAAUUGAUAGUCUGAUAGAAAAUACAUUAGAUUUGGGUAAGAACAAACAUAGUUCCAAUAUAAGUAAGUUAAAUGAUGAUGAUGAUAUAACGGAAACGAAUCAUAUGAAUGUGCAAGAGCAAAAAGAUCAACCAAAACAGGGUCGUGACAAUAUUGGGAAGAUUAUUUCUACAAAACCGACAAACGAAACCACAGAUAAUGAAAAAUAUUUGCCUAACGUAAAUAUGACGAAUGAGAAAAAUUAUUUACAAGUGAUCGCGAUUAUGUCGGAGGAGAUUGAUAAACAGAAUAAAGUAAGCUUGGAUUUGAUGGACCGAGUGACUAGUAAUACUGAAGGUGUUGAUGUUUGGAACAAUGUAUCAAAUCUUAAAUCUGCCCAUCAAAUGACAACAGCUAUGACAGAGGAAGUUGAAAUUAAAACAUUAAGUAUAACAGAUAACAAUAUUAUACCUACGACUGUUUCCAAGAUUGAAACGAUUCGUGAUGUCCCAAGUACCACUUGUCGUAUUGUGCCUAUCGUAAAGUCGCCACUUAAAAGUAAACAAAGGAUUGUGCGGAAAUUAAGAAACAAAACUAAUAAAGUCUGAUUUUAAUUAAUUAUCAAUAUUGUAGUUUUAAAAUAAAUACUACAUAUAUUUUUAUUGUUCCUGCAGAAUUAUUUUUGAUAAUAAUGUAGCUGUAUUUGU